AUGCCUGUACUUAAAAAUAUUAAAAACUUUCUCUGCUGCGUCGGGAAUUCAGAAUUAGUGCGAGAUUUGAAUAAUCCUACAUCAGACGCGCCGGAUUCGGAUGCCAAGGAAACUUCUGCAUUAAAAAAAAUAAAUGUUUUGGAUCCUGUAGCAUCAGAUGGUAAGUAUAAUAUAUACAGUUGUUCAUCACGUUAUAAUUUAAAUAUUGAUAUUAAUAAAUUAACACCAGAUUCGAAUGCCAAGGAGACUUCAGAACCUAAAAUAUCAAAUGACUCGGAUCACGAGAGAACUCCUACAUCAAAAGAUACAAUAAAUGAUUUGGAUCCCGAGAAAACUCCUAAAAAAGAUGAUGGACCAGCGCUUAAUACAGCAACAUUUGUUUUAGAUGGAAUUCAAACCACAACCGACAUAAUACUGCCAUUUAUAAGUUUUUUACCACUUAUAAAAGAGGUAGCCGAAGUAUUUAAUGAAAUUGUAGAAAUAUAUCAAUCUGCCGAGCAUAAUAAAAAAAUAUGUGGGAUAUUGUUGGAUAGGGUCCAAAUAGCCGAUACAGCAUUAAGGAAUUUAAAAAAUCGUAGAGACAAAAAUGAAAAUUUUUUUUCAAAAAGUAAUCUUACCCAUCUGCAAAAAUUGGUUAAAAUAAUUAAAAAAAUUCGGAAAUUUGUUGGAGAAAUAUCUCAAUUAACAGGUUUAUCCAAGUAUAUUCAAGCUAAAAGUAUUGAGAGCAAUGUAAAAGAAUUUAGUAGUGAGUUUGAUUCCACUAUACAAUCAUUACACUUCUCUCUGGCGGUCGAUUUUAGUAUACGUGCAGAACAAGAUAAUAAAGAUAUUAAGUCUGAUAUCGAUGAUUUAACUAAGUACCUUGAUGAAAUCGGCAGUGGUGUAACUGACGGGAAUCAUAAGAUCUCGGCUAUUCUCGUACAAUUGAGUGCAUUAAAUAAAUCAUUGUCGGAUGCUAAAUUUACAAAUACUGAUGAUGUAUUCAAGAGUGAAUUACUCGAUUAUAAUGACUUUGAAGAACAAGAACGUGAUAUAAAUCGAAAUUUAAAAAAUGUAUAUAAAUUUAGAAGAAGAAAACAUGGAUUGAAUGAUUAUGUUGCAUUAAAGUUGGUUCCUGUUAAAAAUAGCAGCAGUGAAGAAGAUAAAGAUAAUUUUAGAAAGCAAGUUACAAUUUUAAAGAAAUUGAAACCAUGUGAUUGUAUUAUUCAAUACAUUGGUUUAACUGCAUAUGAUGAUAAAUUCUAUUUGGUGACGGAAUGGGCCGAGUAUGGCAAUUUGCGUGAAUAUUAUCAAAAUUAUCCGCUUGAUGUUAAGCUGAAAUUAAGGUUUGCUCUUGACAUUGCCAAAGGAUUGAAUUUCCUGAGCUCUGCUUUGAUCGUUCAUCGUGAUAUUAGAGCCGAGAAUAUCUUAAUUACUGAUCAUGAGACGGCCAAAAUUGCAAAUUUUCAAGCUAGUCGAGCAGUAAAUGAAAAUACAAAAAAUCAUGCUGCAACUCUAGAAGCUAUACGGUAUUGCGCUCCAGAAAAAUUAGAAAAUAGGACAAAAUAUGACACAAAAUGUGAAGUUUAUAGUUUUGGUAUAUUACUUUGGGAAAUUGCUGAAAAGAAAAUACCUUAUGAGAAAUAUGACGAUAUAACGGUUAUACAAGAGCUCGUUUGCGCCAAAAAAUAUCGUGAACCAUUUUCUCUUGGUUCUUUACCAAGAGAAUAUCAAGAUAUCGCAAAAAAAGCUGUUCAUCCUGAUUAUAAUUUGCGACCUCAAUUUUCAAAAAUUUUUACCAUUUUACAAGAACUUUAUCAGAAAGAUGGUAAGCUUCCACCAUCACCUCGUAUCCCGCCAGAAGUUAAAGAAGAGAAAAAUAUAAAUUUCGCAGAAUUUAAUUAUAUGUCGGUAGAUGAAGCAGUGAAAAAUAAAAGUAAUCGCGAGUUAUCUUAUAAAUGUUUUGAAGCAUAUGCAUUAUUAAAUGACAUAAAAGCAAAAUACUAUAAAGCAUAUUAUAUUCAACAAAAUUAUGUUGAACUUGACAUGGACCAACCAACCAAAGACAAAUUAGUAGCAGAUUUAUAUAAAGAAGUAGCGGAUUCAGGUGAUCCUGAAGCCCAAUUACGUUACGGUAAUUGUUUAAUUAAAGGAAUUGGAGUUAAGAAGGAUUUAAAACAAGCUGCCGAAUAUUUUACAAAAGCCGCCGAAAAUGGCCAAUCUGUUGGUAUGUUUAAUGCUGCUAGUUUGUAUUUAUCUGAUAAGUGUGGAAUUAAAGAUGAAGCAUUGGGAGAAAAAUAUAUGAGAUUAGCUGCUUAUAAACAACAUAAGCAAGCUAUUGAUUAUUUUAAGAAAAGGGAUUGGACUUUGUAA